AUGUUCAUCCAGACCGAAUCCACGCCGAACGACGACUCGCUCAAAUUCAUCCCCGGCGUGCCCGUCAUGGACGACGGCACCGCCGAGUUCCUCGACACGCGCUCCGCGCUCGCCUCCCCUCUGGCUCUCCGCCUCAUGGGCAUCGACGGCGUCCGCGCGGUCUUCUACGGCCCCGACUUCGUCACCGUGUCCAAGGACAGCGAGACGAGCUGGGCGGUGAUCAAGCCCGAGGUCUACUCCACGCUCAUGGAGCACUUCUCCUCCGGCCAGCCGCUCUUCCGCUCGGAGGAGGAAAGGGCGAGCGCGGGCCCGCAGGACACGGCGAUUCUGGAUAGCGACUCGGAGACGGUGGCGAUGAUCAAGGAGCUGCUCGCGACGCGCGUGAGGCCGGCGAUUAUGGAGGACGGGGGGGAUAUUGAGUAUCGGGGGUUCACGGAGGAGGGGAUCGUGAAGCUGAAGCUGAAGGGGAGCUGCAGGGGGUGCGAGUCGAGUGCUGUCACGCUCAAGACGGGGAUCGAGCGGAUGCUCAUGCAUUAUAUCCCCGAGGUCAAGGGUGUUGAGCAGGUGCUGGACCAGGAAGAGGCUAUUGCCCUCGACGAGUUCCAGAAGCUGGAACAGCGUUUAGCUAAAGAUAGUCCACGGAAGGACUCAGAUAUGGCCCAUUACAUGUCGCCUUGAUGUCCAAGUCCUGCCUUCGAUGCACUGAUGCUUUUGUAGCCUUAGAGGGAUGCCCUGUUCACAAAUUAAUACAUAACUAAUGCAUAGUUCCAAAUCGCA